UCUCUCUCUCUCUCUCUCUCUCUCUCUCUCUCUCUCUCUCUCUCUCUCUCUCUCUUCUCUCUCUUUCUCUCUGUUUCCUUUAAGCCCGCGAUUCUUCCGUCCCGUCGAAAGUGUGACCGUUUUCCCGGAGCUUAUUAUGCUACGCUCGUCAUCAUUAUCAUCGUCAUCAUCAUCAUCGUCGAAGUCAUCGUCGUCAUCGUCGUCUCGUGAUAGGUGCGGAAAGUUCACGGGCACGUGCGUGUGCGUGCGCGCGCGCGUUCGUGCGUGUGUAUACACACGUCAUUUGCUUAUUUGCGCUUAUUUGCAAAUUGAUCAGGAGCCGAGCGAGCGAGAGCCUCGCUUGCGUUCUCGCGCGCGAUGCUGGCUCGCUCCGGGGGAUCGUCCUUCAACGGCACGUCCAGCGACGUGUAAUAACGCUGACCGCGCCGCGAGCCAGCGUUUCGCACGUUUCUUGAAAAUAAUCUGUUAUCGGAUGCUUCGCUCGGAUUUCGCGAUCAGCGAUUGCAGCCCUCCAAUUUUUUACUCUCGCUGUACGGGGCGACGAAUUCCGAAGCACGGUGCAGAAACGCGAUUGUACAAUGCCCAAAAGUCCCUUAGCUCACUCUCGCAUAUGCAUCGCGAGUUUUUGCGAAAAAUGUGCCACUACCCUUCGAGACUCGACAUUAUAUCGUUGCACGUUACGUAAAAGUUUCUACGGCGACCUGUGUUUUUCAUAAACUUUUGGAAUAAAUUUAUUUACCGUGCGAUACACAACGUUGACUUUGCAAAACUCAAGGACGACACCCUAACGCGUGGAGUUCGCGCUGCACCUGGUAGUCUCUGGUAUUACUGCACGCUGUUUCAAAAGCUCGAGACACCCGACUGUGAGAGAAUCUGAGAGAACACAAACAUUCGAAGUGUUCUAAUCGCAUUACCGUGUAUCAUGCAAGCUACAUUGUGCGUCUUAAUCUCUGUUAACAAAACGUGCAGCUGUGCAAAUUGAUUCUCGGGCUUGAAAAUGAAGAUGUUCUUUAUCUCGCACUUGCUGAAAACCUAAUGACAUAUGUGGAUAUUACAAUAAUAAUAACAAGCCAUAUGUCCUUUUCAGAUAUGACACUCUCAGUGCAUGCCACACCUUGUAAUUGCUCAAGAGAUUAUUCGAUAUCCAUGAAUGAUGACCUGCUGUGUACUGUUAAUAAACCACUUUGAGGCAAACGCGCUGUGAUGGAGUGGACGAUAUCCCCCACAGCAUGGGUUGUCAUAUGGAGCUGCCUGCUGCCAGGCCUUCACCUAGCUCCACAGGCAUCUCCCAAGCAAGUGCCGUGCGAUAAGACGAGGAAGGUCUUCACGGACUCGUGGGGUAUCAUCAGCGAUGGGCCUAUGGGCUCCAAUUAUACUCAAGAUUCUCACUGCGAGUGGCUCAUCAAAGCUAAUCAUAGCCGCCAAUUUAUUACAUUAAGUUUUCGAACAAUGGGCACAGAGUGCAGCUACGAUUAUGUGUUCGUUUAUGAUGGAGAUUCCUUUCGCUCACCGCUCUUGGGUAGCUUCAGUGGCAAGACCGAGCCGCAGCAGGUGACAUCAUCAUCUGGUUAUAUGUUAAUAUUAUUAUAUAGUGACACGAAUUACGUCCUAGAUGGGUUUCAUGCAGAAUUUUCGGUCACCAACUGUCCGAAUAAUUGUACUCAUCAUGGAAAGUGCAUUAACAAUACGUGCUUCUGUGAAAACGAUUGGGGAGGUAAAGAUUGCUCCCGAGCUCUCUGUCCAAACAGUUGCAAUGGCAAUGGUACUUGUGGAGUGAAAAGAUGUGAAUGCAAGCCCGAAUAUUCCGGACAAUCUUGCUCGUUGCAUCAAACGAAUCCAGAAGGAAAUCGGUGGCAUUGGCUUUCACAUUCGGAAAGUGGGCUGAGACCACGUGCGGCUCAUACAGCAAUCUAUGUUCAGGAAACAGAUUCACUUUAUGUUUUCGGCGGCUACGAUCUCAAUUAUAUACUCAGUGACUUAGAAGUAUACAGGUUUAGCACAAGUCAAUGGGAGGAUGAAUGUGGAAAUGUAUUAGAAGGCGCGACAUCUGCCGAAAAUCUGGAUCCGACGUUGAUCGCAAUGGAAUUGCAACGCAAUCCUGGUGCCAAAGAGAUAUACGGCCUACCAACAUCAACUUUAAUCUGGAAGUUGCUUUAUAGCAUCAAAGAUAACAAUACAUUGGGUCAACAUGGUUCGCGAGAGUUCAGGAACAUGCAUAAGGACAAGGAAAACGAGAAGAGCAGAAGUAUCAUUAGGAUCGACGAUCCCAGGAGAAAACAUCCGCGACAUAUAAAACCGCGAUAUUCGCAAAUGUCAACAAGAUAUCGCAGAAACUUGGAAAACUUGUACAGAGAACAUGACGCAACGGAUAUGCAGAACGAUGACGUGAAAUGGGAAGAACGAAUCGUGGAGGGAUCCGCGGAAGAAAAUAUUUUCGAUCCACAGUAUCCAAAAGUAACUACGAGUGAUCCGCUGAAAGUGGAAGUUACAGAGCCAACCAUUGACGAAUUACCCAAACCGAGUCCUCGAUAUGGUCAUGCAGCGUGUAAAUAUCAAGAUGGUUUUGUGAUCUAUGGAGGAAAAGUGCAAGAUGGUUCUCUGUCAAACGAAUUAUGGCAUUACAAUGUGAAAAAACGCAUGUGGACUUUACGCGCUAAAAACUCCCCUUUCUAUCCACCCAGCCUCACAAGGCAUACUCUAACUUUGGCAGGCGACUACAUUUAUUUGUUCGGAGGUAGUACCGUUGAUGGGGAGUUUUCGUCUAGCCUUUAUAAAAUCAAGUUGCGCUUAUCAGAUUCUACACCAAUUAAUGAGAGAUGGAUGGAAGUGCGACCUCGAGGCGGUAAGGAACUUGACGUGCGCGUAGUAGCGCAUUCGACCGUAUAUCAUCAUGCUACUAAUUCCCUCCUGGUUUACGGCGGCGUGAUUGCUAGCGUCGCCCGUUUUAGUAAAUUGUCGGACCGAAUGUUCGUCUUUCAGCUGGACAAGAAGGUCUGGUCCGAGAUCUAUUAUCCACAGGCGCAUUUGCGAGAUACAUACGUACCGAGAGAACGUGCGUUCCACACAUGUAACAUCAUAGGAAAUUAUCUGGUGGUGUUUGGUGGAUAUUCUCACAGACAUAACAAAGAAGAGAUUUGUUACGAUAACCAAAUGUAUCUUUAUCAUCUUGGUUGUCAUGCUUGGGUGAGCCACGAUGUGUUAGGCUUAAACGAGGGUAAGGCAAAUAAGGAUUCUCGUUAUCCUAAGCAGCAAGGUGUAUUCGCUCAUGCGGCAGAUGUGCGUAAUGGAAAUACCUUACUGCUCGUUGGUGGAUAUCAUGGCAAUGUAAAUGCAGAUCUUCUCGCAUACACUUUGCCACCCAUGUUGGCACCAGGGGACACAGAUUUCAGGGAGCCAGAACAAAUUUGUGUGAACCACAAGAGUCUAAUGGAAUGCGCAGCAAAUCCCGAAUGUGGCUGGUGUUCCGCAGACGAAACAUGCUACGGUCGGACGAUAGGCAGCAAUUGUACGACUAAUCUACAAACGACACGCUGUCCGGGAGUCUGUCCUGCCCUUGGCGACUGUCAUUCUUGUCUGAUACACGGUCAACCCGGUGGUGGUUGGGGCACGAAUUUCCGCGGGAAGAAAUCCGUGUCGAAUAAACUAAAUUUGGGCACGUGCACGUGGUGUGUCCAAAACGCUCGUUGUCAUCACAAAGAUGACAAUUACGGAGUGUGCGGCCUGCGAGACGACACGCCCUCGCAGAUACCAGGCUGGUGGGGCUCGAAAGGCACGGAAAUUAUCAAGGUCGAAGAAUGUCGGGAGAUGGACAAGAGGCCGGGUUUGACCUUCCUCCAGUACAAACCGCCAGUGAACUUCAGCCAACCCGACUCAGUCGCUAUAGUAAACGCGACCACAGUCGACUUCAAUAUACAUAGUAUGCAUGGUGGAAAGACGGAAUCAACACUAGGCGGCGAGAUAAUCGCCAGAUUGACUGGUUUCCUCAGACCGCCUCAUUAUUUUUGGGACAGUGCAGCGGAACAUUUGAAGAUCUGCGUCAGUUAUAACACCGCGACGCUUCACGUAUCGCGAAACGAUGAUCCUGAUAAAUUGGAACUGGUUGCUAAUCUAACUGCGGAGACAUCGCAGUGUAUACCGACGAAAUGGCCAGACGGACAUGCGAUAGAGCUACAACCAGGCAACCGCUAUCUAUUAGACUUCGAGUCGAAAAGAAUAGUGACCGCAAGUCACGCUUCUGCGAGUAAAAUGGAGAUCAUGCAUAAUAAGAAACCAGAGAAUCCGAAGGUUUUUACAUUCGAGUACUUGGAGCCGUAUCAGAAUGGCUCUUGCCAUCAGUAUGACAACUGUCUGUAUUGCUUGUCUGACUCCUCGUGCGGCUGGUGCGACAUCACCAAUCAAUGUUUACCGCGCUCCGCCAACGAGACGGAGAGCUGCGCGGUAGACGUGGAGGGGGACGAGGAGCGCGGCGAGGCGAUACGCGAAUGGCACUACCUGACAAUUACGCCAACGACGUGCGCCAACUGUACCAAUUAUAUCUCCUGCGAAUCGUGCGUGAGCACUAAUCUGUGCGAAUGGUGGACUGAGGAGGCAAAGUGCGCGCGAAUCGGUCGAUUGCCCAACGCCGUGGUAAGUUUGGAUCAGUGCCCGAUUCCGUGCCGACAGCGCUCCAACUGCACGCAGUGCCUGGACGAGCGCGGCAGAUGCGUGUGGUGCGAGGCCACACGGGAGUGCUUCUCAUUCUCCGUGUACACGUCGGAGUAUCAGUUCGGCCUAUGCCGCGAGUGGAUGGACCAGGCGGGCUUGAUGGGUGUCACGUCGCGCAGCGGCGACUCAUCGCUUACUGGCAGCGAUCAGUGUAAGAGCUGCAGCCGACACUCCAAUUGCUCGAGUUGUCUGCACUCGCUCAGUUGCGGUUGGUGCUAUAGCCUGGAGAAUCCCAUCACCGGCGUGUGUGUGCAGGGCGACUUCAAUCAGGCUCACGUCAACUGCAGUGCGGUCAUCAACGAAUAUCGAAACAGCAGUCUAAGGACCGACGAGUCCGGCUGGGCAUACGCGCAAUGCCCGGAUGUGGACGAGUGCGAUCUCGGCUUGCACGAUUGCCAUCCCGACGCGCUUUGUACCAAUACCCACGGCAGUUACAGUUGCCAAUGUAAACGCGGUUUUAAUGGCGACGGCAAGGAGAAUUGUACUAAGACCUGUUACGAGAGAUGCGUCAACGGAUAUUGUAGCGAGGCGCCUGAUUACAAGUGUGAGUGCAACCUGGGCUGGACCGGACCGGAUUGUCGGACCAAUUGCGGCUGCUAUAACCAUUCCACGUGCCUGCAAGGACCAGGCAUCUGCGACGAAUGUCAAGACUGGACCACUGGACGUUACUGCGAGGAAUGCAAGGCGGGAAGUUACGGGAACGCGACAACGCCAUUAGGCUGUCGCGAAUGUAACUGCAACGGACACGGUGAUGUAGAACUUGGCAUUUGCGAUCAGCAGACUGGUAUAUGUUUCUGCCGCGACAACACCGAGGGUGAUAAAUGCCAGCGCUGCAAGCGGGGUUACUACGGUGAUCCGCGUGAUAGCGGGAUGUGCUAUUACGGCUGCAUGUCACGGGGUAUGCUGGGCAGCGAAGGAACCGGCAAGCAAGGCCUUGGUAGUCGACACUCGCAAUCUACGCUUUGGGACAAUUAUAUGGGCGACUCGCCAACGAAGGAGUGCCUCUGGAUUGUCAGUCCCGAGACGGAUCUCUCUUUGGAUGCGAUCUCAGCGAUUCAGAGCGUGAUACAAUUUACUAUUCAUGACGACAUCAACGUAAGUUGCCAGGAGAACAGCGUGUACGUGUACGACGGUCUACCCGAAUUCGUUUCGUCUACCGGUGGCCACCAGAGCCAACUACUGGGUGUGUACUGCACGGAGAGCACCGACUAUCCGGUGACGGUGGAGGCAAAGUCUGGAUUUUUAACGGUGCAUUACAAACAAUUGGACGAAGUGGAGGGUUUUAACGCGAGCUACGUGAUAAUGACGUGCAACGAUUGCCCGGGGAACCGCGAGUGCCGCAACGGCAACUGUCUCUGUAAAUCCGGUUUUGUCGGCAUCAACUGUGAUGUAGAGAUCUGCCCAAACAAUUGCACCGCCGCUGAGAAACACGGUGUCUGCGACAAGGGCUAUGGCCGUUGUGUCUGCGUGCCGGGCUACGGCGGCCGUGACUGCUCUAUUCAACUAAAAAACAAUCAGCUGAUAUUCACGGAACUUUUCAAUUCCGAGUAUCUAGCCGAUCAUCUGGAUCACUUGAGGAAGACACUGCCGCGCUUCGGACACAGUCUAGUGGCCGAUCGACGUGGCAGUUUGUGGAUGUUCGGCGGCUACUCGCUGAGCCACGGACCGUUAAACGACAUCAGGCUUUUCGAUACAAAGAACAACACAUGGAUGCCGGUGACGGUAGAGUCCACGUCGGAGGCGUCUAUGCCACAGGGGCGCUACUUUCACGCCGCCGAAAUUGUGCACAGCAGACAACAGAUCUACGUCUACGGCGGUCUGUCGAUGAAGGACGAGGAUGUGCAGGGACUGUCGAACAAUACCCUUAGCGACUUUUGGAAGUUCAGUUUGCAGAACCAGCGAUGGAGUCAGAUCGUGCAGGACGGCAAAAAGGAACCGCUGCCUCUAGCUGGUCAUACGUUAACCUUGCGCAGGGAUGGAGAAUCGGAGAGUCUGAUUCUUAUCGGUGGUUUCAGUCCCAAGUACGGAUACCUGGACACCGUUUGGGAGUUUAAUCUGGAAACGGAGACCUGGGGCACGGUGAACACUAUGGGGAACGGACCCCUUGGUAUUUAUGGCCAUUCCACAGUAUAUCAUAGCAAGUCCGACAGCUUCUACGUCUUCGGUGGUUACACUUACGCGGUAAAUAAAACGUUUAUCUCGAACAAAUUAUACUCCUUAAAUUACAAGACACGAACGUGGUCUGUACUUCCGCCAUUUGAGGACGACUUCACCGAUGGCAGCAGUUUACCUCAAGCUCGGUUCCUUCAUUCCGCGGUUACGACGGACGAGUAUAUGGUGAUAUUUGGCGGCCGGCAAAAUCCUCACAAUACCUCGGACUCGCUGAUAGCGUACAAGUACUCGUGUAAUCUGUGGAUACGUUUGAUUACAAAAGACAUGGAGACAAUUGGUAGUCCGCCGCCGCCGGCAUACGCCCACGCGAUGACCCACGCCGAUCCGGAGUCGAAUGCGGUUUAUGUGGUCGGCGGCUUCGACGGCGGCAUCAAAAAUCAUGUCACGUUGAUCAGCAUACCGGAAGAUCUAUGCAACCUGUGGAGGGACAAGAUUACGUGCAGGAAAUAUUUUGGUUGCUCAUUUUGCGCCUUCACCACCCUCAACGGUACCAAUAUGUCCCUCUGCUUUUCGAACGAGGUGUCGAGCAAUAGGGGCGACAAAUGCGAUAUUGUCAACGUAACCCAGGCCCAACGAUCGAACGGGAUAUUCUGCAAUUCAGAGUGGAUGACGAGCAGAAAGUGCCAGAACUUCCGGACCUGCACGGAGUGUCUGGCGGAGUGGCCAUAUUAUAGGGACGACAAGCCAGUCUGCAAAUGGUGCACCAACUGUCCGUAUGGUAGGUGCAUUCCCGCGGACAGGGACUGCGACGAACAACAGGCACAAGAACCUGCGAACAGGUGUAUCGUUUCGGUGACCAACGUAAAUCUGUGCGGAGAGCGGCGGUGUGCGGCGAGCGACUGUGAGAAGUGCAAUAGCCUGGUCGACUGCGUGUGGACAAGGCAGGUGCUGAGGACCAACGAGGUGGGAAUGAAAUUGACGAGCGAGCCGAUCUACAAUUGGAAUUGCGUGCUGGACGACAUUUUUGAGCGGUCCAGCAUCAAAUUGAGCAACAACAUGCAGUGCGAGAAGAGAUGCUCCGAGCACAAGGACUGCGGCAGCUGCCUAAAAGGCUCCGGUGCCGAGGGUGGAUGGAGUGAAUGCAGAUGGUCUACGCAACUAAACGAAUGCAUCUCGCCGUCGUAUCAACCGCUCUAUUGCGCCGGCGGUGUUUGCGGCCUAGUGCUGCGUAGCGCGGACAUUGACCGUUGCCCGGAGCCAUGCUCGGUAUUCAAGCAGUGCAGCACUUGCUUGAAACAUUCGCAUUGUGGCUGGUGCUCCCUGGACUCCGCCAACGUGACUGGUCAAGGAAUAUGCACGGAGGGAUCGCUCGAGGCGCCAGCAGACCACCCGGCGGGUGGUACCUGCGAGAUGCUCUAUCGUCAACACUUCCCGGAGGUCGAGACCGCGCUGACUACCACGACUACAUUAAAUCCGUUGUAUCAUUUGGAGGCAUCCGCUGUCCUGGAAGGACAGCAACAGGACAAUGUUACGAUGUCGUUGCUCAACGCUCAACCGAAGCUGAAGGAGUUCUCCUGGCACUAUGUGCGCUGCCCGCCGGAGAACGAGUGCGAGAACGGGCACCACACAUGCUCGCCGAAGAGCGAGAAGUGCUUUGACCUGGAGGAAGGCUUUGAGUGCAAAUGCGGAGACGGAUACAAGACCGAGUCUACCUGGGGGAACUCUGACUUUGGCAAGAAGAUCUGCGUGCCCAUGUGCACGCAGGGCUGCGUGAGGGGUACAUGCGUCAAGCCCGAUCUAUGCCGUUGCGACUUCGGCUACGUCGGCUCGAACUGUUCCAUCCAGUGCCAGUGCAACGGCCACAGCGACUGCGCUGGUCCGGACAAGCUUGACAAUUGCACGAAAUGCCACAACAACACGAUGGGAAAGCAAUGCGAGAAAUGCUUACCCUUGUACGUUGGCAAUCCCGCGGACAACGGCCAGUGCGUGCCAUGUCUCGAGUACUGCAACGGACAUACACGGAUCUGCAUCAAUGACAGCAUGACCGUGCCCGAUCCAAACGCGGUGGACAAAAUGUCAAUAGAGAAGCUGAGCAGACAACUGGGUGAAGGACCGGUGGCGAAGGCGAAGUGCAUCAACUGCGGGAACAACACGAGAGGCGACAAGUGCGGCGAAUGCAUGAUUGGUUACUUCCGCGGGACGGAGGAUCUUCGGGACAAAUGCCGGCCGUGCGAGUGCCAUGGUCACGGCUUCACGUGUGAUCCCGUGACCGGUGAAAAAUGCAACUGCGGCAACAACACCGAAAGCGAGCCGUCCUGCGUCAGUGGUCCUAUAAAGAGCAACACGAACACUGGCGGCACGCCGUGUUGGAUGGUGCAAUGCAGCAAGUGCAGGGAAAACUAUGCCGGUACUCCGACAAUGGGCCAUCAGUGCUACAAGACUGUCACGGUUGACAAUAAAAUGUGCUUCGAUUCAAAAUUGAUAGCAUCUUACGAUGAGUGCAAGAUGAAACCGAAACCCCUGAACCCUGGCCAAACCGUUUUCUACAUGGUACAGCCGCGCUUCAUGAACGUGGAUAUCAGAGUAACAGUCGAUGUCACCCAAGGUGCUUUGGAUCUGUUUCUAAGUCCUCGGGAUGAUUCUUUCGUCAUCACUUUGAACUCAUCGACUGGAUAUCAAGAUGUCGAACUAGAUAGCAGAUUCAGAUUGCGGCCGGAUCAACCCACCAACAGAUUCCGGAUUGUUGAAUUUCAUCCUCACUUUGGAAUGGUUAACGGUACCACCACGGAUCCGACUCGAUGGAACACUGGACAGCAGUAUUACGUGAUAGAGCGCUCGCUCGAGGAUGAUUUAGCCAGCUUUCUGACGAUCGAGAGGCGAAACACCUUUCUGGUGAUCCGUAAUUUGACGAAUCGAUUGGUACUGACGUUGCCGCAAGACAAACACGAGUUGGGCCAGACUAAGUUUCAUAUCGCGCUACGAGCGAUUGAUCCGGCUAAUCCAGAAGUGAACGGCCGUGCCGCCUACGGGAUGAUCUUCUUCCGUCAGGAUCAAUUGCACAUCGAUCUGUUCGUUUUCUUCUCGUGUUUCUUCUCUUGUUUCUUCCUAUUCUUAGCGGCGUGCGUAGUCGCGUGGAAGGCGAAGCAGACGGCGGAUUUGCGCCGCGCCCGACGUCGUCACGUUGUGGAAAUGCUGCACAUGGCGAAGCGACCGUUUGCCUCCGCGACGAUACUCUACGAUCGGGACAGCGGUGAGUGUAGCCCGAACUCGCCGCAACGUAAGGGCAGACGGAGUAAGCACGUAAGCUUUCACAGCGACGUAAGACCAGUGGCAGUGGAGCCCACCGACGACGGCGUCGCAGCGGUAGCGACGGUGUUCAUUAGGCUACCCGGUGGCCGCCAAGCACCUGUCAAACUGGCUCUGGGUAGUUCGCUCAUACUUUUGACUAGAGUCUAUCCAGUCAACAGCAGAGUGUUUUUGAGACGUAGAAAUAGUCACGCGACGAACUGAACCGACGUUACUGUGGAAACUCGAUCUCGACGACUUUCGAGUUCCACAUCUCGGGCCCCGAUAUUCUCAUUGAACUCUUCGAUAAGAGUCACUGACGUUUGAACAACUACUGCUACGGAUCGUAGCUGUAGAAUUAGGGUAUAAUGGACCUGAAAUUAGUCUGUAGACUUAACGGGCAGCCUCCCUUUUUGGGGACGGUUUUAAUAUGAUAAAAAUAAUGGACAGAUGAACUCAGGAUAUAACGUAAAUUUUAAUAAAAUACAUUUUUUAUUACUCGAAACAUUUUAUUUUACUGCUUAUAAUUUUAUCUUUUCUAUUGAGAAACUGUUCUUUUUUUUUAUUAUCGCUCUCACACAUAUUGAUUGGCUAUAAGAACAAUAAUAUUGUCUAUAAACCGCAGACAUAUAUAAAAUAAAUAUUAAUAAUGUAAUAUUCCGCCGAAUUUUAUUACGAAUAUUGGAUUCAUGGAUCUAGAAAUAAUCGCAGAUUUUUCGAAUCGUAGAUAAAAUUAUAUAUAUAGAUAUCUAAAUAUAUAAAAAUUUGUAAAUAUAAAAUUCCAAAAUUUUUAAUUGGAGCUCAGAUAUAAGAGUAUUCUAUAAUUUAUUAAGAACCAGAAAAGCGUACUAAAAAUUAGAGUUGUAAAUUUCAAAGAACGGGAAAAAAUGAAUAGCGGAUCCAAGAAUCUUAUUUCGUAGAUCUGUAAAUCGAAUAAUUAUUGUUUUUUUAACUAGAUAUUUAAUAAGAUAUAGAUUGUAUAAGUAGUUAAACAAGAGGAUCGUAAGAUUAUUUAAUCUAAAUAUAAUAUAUUGUAUCGUAUACCAUUCCAUGACGAGACUGUACGUUUGUAUAUACAACAAUCUGUAAUUAUGUAUUAAUUCGUACUUUAUACAUUUUUGUAGAAACAUUUUACGAGGCGUUGCUUCGCGUCAUGGAACAUUCGUGACUAUUCUUGGAAGCGGGUGAAAUCGAUUUCGCGCGAUUCGUAUCGGUUGAACGAACAGUAUUAGAAUUGUUAAUUAGAGAUGGAGCUCAACAAUGCGUGCGUUAACAAGGUUCCUAUGCCAAAUUGAUUAGAAUGGAUAUGUGUUGCGCAUCCUAAAUAUAAUAAUAUAUUAUUUAUCGUAAGUGGAUGCAGUCGGAAAGUUUUAUUUGGCAAAGAAAUGUACAUAUAUACAUGAAAGUUGCGAAUGCGUGUUGCAAACUAUUAUAACAAUCGUUUACGUAACUGGUUGAAAGACACUCCUAUAUUCGGUAGGCGAUGUUUUGUAUCAGAAAUAAUGACAACGUAUUAAUCAAAAAACAUAAUGUGAAUAUUGCAAUGAUAUUGGAAUUGAUGUGCUUAAUAAUUAUCAGAAGUACAAAAAUGGGAUAAUGCAGAGAUGAUGUUUUUAUUUGAAAUUUAUAAGUGCUGUAAAGAAUGCAAAACAAAACACGAUAAAUUAGGCAAACUCUAUGAAUACAAAAAGAUACAGAAACAAAACUUUACAAAAACAAGUUUGUUUUUACAAAUGUAUGUAAAAGAUUGAAUUGAUGUGUGUGUGUAUGUGUGUGUGUGUGUGUGUUUCUACGCAUGUAAAUAAAUAUAUCUAUGAAUAAAAGAAGCUAGGAUUUAAGAAAUUAAGGAUUCAUAGAUCAAUAAACGAUAGAAAAGUAGAAUAAAUGAUACAUAAUGCCAAGAAUUUGUAAAAUUAAAACUUUGUGAUCUGAAAAAAAUCCGAGUAUCAUACGAUUACAUAUCACAAGUUUAAAUCCAUCUUAUAUAUAAUAUUAUAUAUUAUUAUAUUAAAGUAUUAUAAUUGUAUAAUAUACAUGUUUCAAAAUAUUGAAAAUAUUUCAUGUUUGAACGAUUCAUGACUCCAUAAAAACGAGCUAUCUCUUUAUUAUCUCAUUAUGUGCUUUCGUAUCUGAACUGGAUAAAAUAAUGAUGUUGAAUAGCGGAAUGAGAAUCUAGAGGCCUCUUUUAUGUGCAUGUGUUUUCUGUUGUAAUAUCACAUAAACGAGGCACGCAUAAACAAGAAGGGUUUAAACAUUUCAGUAUCCUGUAUAUACUAUUAAAUGGCUGAAAGAAUGCACGAGUGUUCCUCGACCAGGAAAUAACAUUCGUUGAUUAAUUAUUAAGCGAACACAUCGACGAUACGACGCGACCAAUUUAUUGAAUCUCAGAGUCUUUUUUUGUCACAUAAGUUUCGUCAUUACGCGCAAUGCACGUGGACCUUUUGUUAUAUCCUUCAAGUGCAGAUACCUAUUCCUCUUUCCUUCUCUUUAUUUUCUACGAUAUCUAGAUCUGUAGAUCGAGAAAUCCAUUAAAUACGAUCUUUGCAGCAAAUAAAAAGAAUGCUCUUUAAAACUAAAAAAAUAUAAAAA